CCAAACCCUCUUUGAUCGUGAACCUACUGUCGUCUGCCAAAUCGCCAUUCACGAGGGUACAUCCCUUCUUUUCUGCCUUUCUCGUCUGUGUUUAGUUUAAAUUCCGAAGAGCAUAGAGUCAACAUGGUGAACAUAACCGAGAAGAUCAAGGAGAUCGAGGAGGAGAUGAGGAGGACGCAGAAGAAUAAGGCCACCGAAUACCAUCUUGGACUUCUAAAAGGAAAGCUCGCCCGUCUGCGUGCCCAGCUCCUCGAGCCCGCGCCCGGCGCCGGAGGAGGCGGCGGCUCAGGUUUCGACGUCUCGAAAUCCGGGGAUGCACGAAUUGCGCUGGUGGGAUUCCCCUCGGUCGGAAAAUCGACCUUCCUGUCCAAGAUCACAAAGACCAAGUCCGAGGUCGCGGCGUACGCUUUCACGACGCUGACGGCGAUUCCCGGUGUGCUCGAGUACGGCGGCGCGGAGAUCCAGAUUCUCGACUUGCCUGGUAUCAUUGAGGGUGCUGCGGAGGGUAAGGGACGAGGUAGGCAGGUCAUUUCGGCGGCGAAGACGAGCGAUAUGAUUCUCAUGGUGCUGGACGCGACGAAGAAGGCCGAGCAGCGGAGGUUGCUGGAGCAAGAGUUGGAGGCCGUCGGCAUCAGAUUGAACAGAGAACCACCCAACAUCUACCUCAAAGCCAAAAAGGCCGGCGGGAUGAAGAUAACCUUCCAAUCGCCGCCGAAAAACCUCGACGAGAAGAUGCUGUACAACAUCCUGCGCGACUGCAAGAUCCUCAACUGCGAGGUCCUCGUGCGCGACGAAAACGCUACCGUCGACGACUUCAUCGACACCAUCAUGAAGGACCACCGCAAGUACAUCAAGUGCCUGUACGUGUACAACAAGAUCGACAGCAUCUCGCUCGAGCACCUCGACAGCCUCGCCCGCGAGCCCCACACCGCCAUCAUGUCCUGCGAGCUCGACCUCGGCAUCCAGGACGUCGUGGAGCGGUGCUGGGACGAGCUGCGGCUAAUUAGGAUUUAUACGAAGAGGAAGGGGAUUGAGCCGGAUUUCAGUGAGGCGUUGAUCGUGAGGAACGGGAGCACGAUUGAGGAUGUGUGUGAUCAGGUGCAUAGGACGUUGAAGGAUACGUUUAAGUAUGCGCUCGUAUGGGGCGCCAGUGCGAGACAUGUGCCGCAGAGGGUUGGGCUCGGGCAUGUGGUGGCGGAUGAGGAUGUCGUUAGUAUUGUGGCGAAAUAGGGACGGAGGGUUGGAAAAGAAAUAGAUGAGAUGAUGAAUACCACGCUUUCGCUAUGACAGAU